UAAUCUUCCUUGAGCAAGUUUUGACAGUUCCCAAGUUCACAAAGCGCAACUUAUUUUACAACUACUACAUCUCCUAAACCCACUCAUAAAAAUGGGUUCCGGAAAAGGAAGAGGUCGAGGCGUCGAUGUGCCUCUAAUAAUGAAAAUAAUUGCUUUGAUUUGCUGUGUCGUAACUGUGGGUUUAUUAGUUUCAUCUAAGACCGACAACUGGUCUGCAAGAUCCAUCAACGUAUCCAACUCCCUUAUUUAUUCCACAGGCAGCUUUAUUGUUAUUCUAGGAUUCUGUUUUAUAUGGAGCCUCAUUAAGGAUCCAGUUGAUGAAACCUUUUUGGCAAUUUUGUUGGUCUGUGGAUGUAUUUGGACUAUUGGAGCUGGAAUUGGUGUGAUAAUCUAUAGAAUCGACUACAAACAUACCACCCAUGAUUACCAAUUAAUUGGUGGUAUUUUGACGUUGGCAGCAGGAGUGGUCAUGCUCGUAGAUGCCAUUCAUAACUUUGGAGUGUUUUGAUUGAACGGUAAAUUUAUUUGAAAUGAGAGAAAUGUCUCCAGUUUUUUUUGUUAUCAAAAAAUAAAAUGUUUUUUAAUAA